AGAUGCAUGCCAUCUAACUGGAAAGCGUGGUAGUGUUAUAAUGGCUGCAACAACACUUGAUGGUCAGAAUAAUCUUGUGCCUUUAGGCAUUAAGGUCUGUCAGAGUGAAACUAAGGAGAACUGGACUGGGUUCCUCAAGGAUUUGGCUCCAGCAAUCAAUGCACAUCAUGCUGGCAGAAUUACCUUUAUUUCCGAUAGGCAGAAAGGCUUGUUGGAAGCUGUUCCUAAGGUUUUCCCUGGUGCAAGAGUUAGAUAUUGUUUCAGGCACUUAUACAAGAACUUCAAGAAAUACUACAAGGCACCAACCUUGCACAGCUCAUUGUGGAAUGCAUGCAAAGCAUACAAAGUAAAGCAUUUUCAGGAGCACUUUGACAGUAUAUGCAAAGAAAAUGCUGAUGCUGGUGAAUAUCUUAGGAAAGAAGAUCCAAGUACUUGGUCUAGGGCCUAUUUUGAUCCCCUUAGCUGUUGUGAGCAUAUGAAUAACAAUUUCUCUGAAUCUUUUAAUUCCAUGGCUUCUAAUAUGAGAGAUAAACCUAUAAUCCAACUAGGCAUGAUGUAUGGUCAGUUAGUCAUGGGUUUGUUAUUUAAGAGAAGGGAAGAAUUUGCUAAGUGGAAUGAAAAUUGUUUGGUCCCUGCUGCUGUUAAAUUGAUAAAUAAGAUGCUUGACUUGGUUGGAAAGUUUGAUACAGAAGGCAGUGUGGUUGGACAAGUUUAUUUGGUAACUAAUGUGAUCACCAAGAAAAUAUUCACAGUGAAUAUUAUAGACAAACAAUGCACUUGUUUGCAAUGGCAGCUAAGGGGAUUCCCUUGUCAACAUGCUGUAUGUGCAUUGAAACUGCUGAGGCCAAACUGGAAAGAUUAUUGUGCUCCUUACUAUUCUGUGGAGUAUUAUAGGACCACAUAUGCAAAUGCUGUCACACCCUUAGAAGACAUAACUGAAUGGUUAUGGGAAGAUAAGGAAACCAUGAACGUCAACGUAAACCCUCCUCCUUAUCAGAGAAAAACUGGAAGACCAACAAAGAAGAGGAAGAGAAGUUAUGAUGAACCUGAAACUGUGGUGAAGAAAAGGAAGUGUGGAAAAUGUGGAUCUAUUGCUGGCCACAACAAGAGAACCUGUGCUGGUGGUGAUGUUGGUAAAAACCAAACUGGAUUCAAGCCAAGCACUGAGUAUGAUGCUGCAAACUGCACCUUCACACAUAGAGAUCAGCCUGAAAGUAGCACUGCAAGGGGUAAAGCCAAGGUGAACAGAUCCAGAGGUACAUCAUUUUUUGUUGGUGAGUCAUCUGCAGGACCUAGCACUUAAGGAAGACCAGUAGCAGGACCUAACACUCAUGGAUCUACACAAGAUAAUCAAAAUUUCAGUCAGAAUUUUGCUGGUAUUGGAUCUGUCAGUCAACAUCUUUCUGUCACAAAGGGAAAGCAAACCAAGGCUAAGAAGACUAGGAAGUAGAAGUGUGUGUGCUUUAUUGUUUGUUUUAGAUAUGUUGUGGACAAGUAUCUAAUUGAUGGUUAGUUUUUUUGGUUGCUUUUGACACUGAUUCUGGUAUGGACAUGUAUAUGUACCAGAAAUAAGUUUUAUUUUGAUGGGAUAAUCUUGCUUUAUGAAUGAAAAUGAUAUUAGUUAGAACUAAUUUUCAGAUUACAUG